CUCGCAGGGCAUUUUCCCCCAAAUCCUGAUAAACCCUAAAAAAAUUUUCAAAUCCACCGACCCUUUCGCUCUCUAAUCUCGAUCACAUUUCACGAACAAUUUCUUCCGCCGUCAUGAGUUUGCUCCUGAGAGUAAGACCAUGGAAGAAUCGGUUUUUUGUCUCCGAACAACUGAAUUCCUACUCCACAAAAAUCAAUGGUGUUGCUAAAGAAACGGUGGAAUCUACCAAAUCCGGUACUAACAAGUCUUCCAAGUCAUCAUCGUCGUCGUCUCAGAGAGUCAAGGAACAGUCCACCGAUUCGAUCAUUUGGCCUAAGCCAAGAGAAAUUCCCUACCAAGUAAAAGUUGCGAACGUGGUCAAUUUGGUAGGGCACGUCGAAGCUCCCGUUCAGUCGGAGACUGCUGCUGAUGGCAACCUUUUGGCCGCCAUUGUAAUCUCUCAGAAAAGCAGUCGUGGAAAGGUAUCUCUGUCGAUUCCCGUCGUGUUUGACGGCGAUUUAGCGCACGUUGUUACUUGCCACGUGAAACAAAACGACUGCGUUUUGGUGUCAGGGCGAUUGAGCGAGGAUCCAUUGAAGCUACUAUCUAUCGCCGAUAAGUAUGGAAAGCUUCACGUCGUUGCAGAAAAUCUCAAUUUCGUCGAAGGAUCUAAGAGAGGCAUAUCUCCCAAGCAAAAUGAGGCCUCAUUUGCAGGAAUGGAGGUCAACAAGCCUCAGCUACACAAUCACCUGCAAACAGGAAAAACAUUGAAGAAUUCUUUCGAAAAAUCGAUGGCAGGGAGUGGAAAAACUAGUUACAAUAACAAGGAUGAGGAAUUGUGGAUGGAUCUUGUGAAAAAUCCGAUAAUGUGGUGGGAUUAUCGCAGCCAUAAGUCGAAUGGAUUGGUUAAGGAUAAGUUCCCUGAUUUUAAGCAGAAAUGGAGUGGUGAAGGGCUGUGGCUUAACAGCGCCCCCAAAUGGGUUUCGGCUGAGCUUGAGAAACUGGAGUUUGAUGUUAAGGUUAUGAAGGAAAAUAAAGUGCAGGAAGUCGGCAAUGGGGAUAAGAAGAUCGGAGGUAGAGGAAGAGAGGAUUUGUGGAAGAACUUGGUGGAUUGUUGGAGCAUGUGGUGGGAUAAUAGAUUGGAUAAGAGGAAUCCGAAGGCGCCGGACUUUAAGCACAAGGAAACCGGCGAAGGGGUGUGGUUAAAUGAGUUGCCAGAUUGGGUGUUGAUCAAGUUACCUCCGACCAAAGAAGGCAGCAGCAAUGCUACUGUUGAUGGAAACCGUGUGGUCAAUUCAGCAGGUUCUUGAAGCAUUGGAGCACGGCCCGGCAGGGGAAUGGCAAAGGGGGCGCCGAGGAUCGAUCCAAGGGCUUCUUGAAGUGAAGGGAGUUGGAUGAUCGAUCAUUCUGCUGGUUUUGGUGAUAUUAGCAGCAGAUUCUGUUUACCACACUUUCGGAAAUCUUAUAUACUUUUGGGUCGUAAGUUUAAUAUGUUUAUGUAUUGCAUUUGCCGUAUCUGCAUGUUGGUGCCGAAUACUGUACGGAUUCAGUUUUUAAAGUUUCAAGAAAGUA